CAUGAAGCUGAGCGAAGCAGAGGCUCUGAGGAGCUCCAUCAAAAAGGAAGGAAAUGCCAUCGACCGCUUUGAGGAGGCCAUCUUCUUCAGCCUCAAAGGAGAGGUAAAGAGGCAGGUCUGCAGUAACGUGGGAUGUGUGAAGCUGGCCAAGGAAAUGAGCAGGCAGGCGCUGAGACUGCUGGAAAAGCGGUUCCCCCGGACUCGUGCCGGGGCCUUUGUCAAGUCUCUGUGGGAAGGGUUGAAGCGUGCUCCUCAGGCCACAGGCAGAGCGUCCUUCCUUCCCCAGGAGGCUCGGAGGAAGAAGCAAGCCUGGCUGGUUCAGCGGAGCAGAUGCCUCUCCUUGCUCGAGGACCUCUACAGCCAGGAGGGCACAUCUGGCGGACAGAGGUUCUCCCGCCUGGCAGCACUCAUGAAGGCCAACACGGACAGCAAGAUGCACUCCUAUCAGGCAGCAGACUCACACAUUGGACAAGCCUUGAAUUAAGGAAAAUAGGCUUAGACAACGAGUGCAGACAGCGGGUCUCCUGUUUCUCCAAGUGACACCGUUCAGGUACCCUACGUCUGGAAUGCAGACAGCAGGCUAGGACAGUAAACCACAAAUUAACAAAGAAGCAACGGAUUGGUGGACGGAGUUGUAGCCGAUGAGAGGACCGGCCAAAGCCAGGUGAAAGAAUACAGUGAGGAAGACCAUGGCCUUCAUCAGAAAGACCACCAGACAACCAGCAAGAGAUACCACGCAUGCGUAAAAGAACU